AUGCAAGCGAUUGUGCUAGAUAGAGCAAGGCGCAAUGGGGAUGAACCACCUCCUUACGAUUUCCACGAACUCAUUGGGAAAGGCGCAUACGGCCGAGUGUUCAAAGGGUUGAAUCGUGCGACGAAAGGCUUGGUUGCCAUCAAGAUCAUCGAUAUCGAUAGAGUGGAUUACGAAGAAAUGACCACCAAGAAUCUCCAGGAUACCCUGCAAGAAAUCAAAAUCCUCCAGCAGGUCAAAGACAGUAGGGCGCGAGACUAUGUAAAUAUUAUAGAAGAGGCCCGCACAGUUCAUAACGAGUUAUGGAUUAUAAGCGAAUACGCCAGUGGUGGCAGUGUCAACACACUGAUGAAGCCAUAUGUAUUUCUUUCAAGCACGGGGCUUGAAGAGAAAUACAUAAUCCCGAUUGCACGCGAACUUGCGCAAGGUCUCAAAUAUAUCCACGAAGCUGGUGUCAUACAUCGAGAUCUCAAAUGCAACAAUAUCUUGGUCAAUGAACAAGGUCGAGUGCAAUUGUGUGACUUUGGUGUUUCCGGAGCUCUUGAGCCUGAAAUCACUAAACGGUCAACCAUCGUUGGCACACCGUUCUGGAUGGCACCUGAACUACACCAAGAAGCGAGGCCACAGCAGAUCUUGUAUGGAUCGGAAGUAGACAUAUGGGCGUACGGAUGCACGCUUUUCGAAAUGGCCACCGGGUUUCCCCCAUUCCACACAACGAAGCCCUUUGAACUUCUGGAUGCCGGAGUACCAAAACUCGAAGGACCGGGUUUCUCUGACGGGCUGAAAGAUUUGAUCUCAUAUGUGCUCCAACCCAAUGCCCAGGAUCGGCCAACCGCGAGCCAAAUACUGGAGCAGCCAUACCUAUUUGACACCGAGAAGCAGUACCCUACGUAUACAUUGGUCCAGUUGGUAGAGAACUAUUACAGGUGGGAGCAAGGUGGUGGCUCACGUGCCUCCCUUUUCAAUCCAUUUGGCGCGCAGGCUCCUGAUCCAUUGGCUCCGGAGACGGACGAUGAAGAAGACUGGAACUUCAGUACUAGCGAAGAAUUCGAGAAGCAGCAUGCUAGUGGCUCCCUGCCUGAUCCAUUCCUCUCCGGAUCUCAAGAUCCACCCUUCACAAGUUUCGCCCAACCUCCUGUGGAUGAUUCCCGGUUUGCGCAGCUUCAAGCACAAUAUCGCAGAGAGGCUGCAGACCGAGGAGGAAAGCGCCUCAAUCGCCUAUUUGACCAAAAUACCACCCCGUAUCGGUACAGUGCCGUGGAACCGGAGCUAAGCAUAGGUCGCCCACCAUCCGAUCUAGUCCUUCGAGACUUUGACACGGGUGCACCCAAUCGGGAAACUGUCAUUGACUUGGAUAUUGCGCUUCCUACAGUUGAAGAUGCACCUGGAAUUGACCUCGGCGAAGUACCCACCGUGAGGGCCAACCGUAACAGGUUGACGCAGGACAGUUUCAGAUACGAAGAGGAAGAGCAAGAUACGUUCGACAUGGAUCAAACUAUGCGUCGCAGCACUCGAGACUCAAACCGAUUCGCGGAGCAACUCAAUCGUCGGACAAUGGAUUGGAAGAUGCCAGGCUUUACUGAGCAACCCAACCGACGCACCAUGGAGUGGACCUUCAACGCGUCGAUGGCCGAAGCCAACCAAGAGCCAAUGCCUAAGCCGUUCAGAUUGUCGCGACGUCGGGAUACAUCAGAAUCACUUUCGACCACAGCUCCACCAGCCGAGAACCGAUAUACACAGGAUUUCGUCUUCCCGCCUCGAGACUCUAGUAAUAAUAGCGUGCAGUCUAGCCAAGGUCUUCUUCCAUCAUCGCCGACUCUUGAACCAGGUUUCGACGACUACCCACGAGUUAAUUCGGCACCUGGAUCUCCCUUGCGGACGUCAAUGAUAGACCUCGAUAUGGCCAUGGUCGAUGAUGAUUAUCGCCCAUCCACGUCUGGCUCCGCAAGUACUUCUACAUUCACAACAGGAACCGAAACUCUGAACGGAAAUCCCUUUGACCUUGAAGACCAAGUGCAUCUCUCAACAACGAACAACCGGGCUUCAUAUCACAUGAAGUCACAAUCGGAGCCCAACCAAGCCAUCCCAGGUCUCUUGACUCCACAAUCAUAUGACGAACUCGGCCAUCCCAUUAACCAAGAUCCCCAUCACCCGAGCAUGCACGCCAGAGGCGUCUCGUCAGUAUCCCAAAUGCAAGCCAAGCAGCCGUCAAACGUCGGGCACGGAAGGCAGCGAAGCUACCAGCCAGCCUGGGACGCCUGGAAUCACCAGGUAGCAUACGGCAUGGAGGAGUCACCACCAGCCUCCAUCGCAACCUCGACAUCCACAGAGGAAGACUACGACGAGAUGUGGGACGCGUACGAGCGCCGGGUCCUCCAAAGCCACGCCCGCAAGACCUCCGGGUUCCAGUCCCGCCGCAAGCCCAGCCAGGACGAGGACCUCCGAUCCGACACCGACGACAACUACGGCUCAGAAUACGAAGACAUCCCCGGCCGCCAAAGCCGCGUCUCCGUCGGUCCGAACGGCAGGCCUCUCCUCGCCUUCCCUAUCCCCCGAGGCCCUGAACCCGAGGCGCUGCUGGGCUUCGACAUGGAUCCGAACCUAAUGAUGAACGCGAUGUGGAAGAGCACGGUGGAGAUGAGAGACGGGCUCCGCUCGAGCAUCGACCUCUUGAAAUCGAUGCACCUCAAGGAGACGCCACUUUUGGGGUACCUUCAUGAAGAUCGAGAAAAUGCCGAGACAAGAAAGGAAAUCGAGAAACGCCUUUUGAUUUGA